CCACGACAAGUAGUCCACACUCCACAUUCCACAAGCCUAUCAAACUAGAGCGCGGUGUAGGUGAAUUUUGGAGUCGAGCUGAACUGAUCGUGAGAUAUAUGGCGUUCUCCGGUGGUGGUAGGCAGCAGGGCGACGGCCCGUCCGACGGCGACGACGGCGUCCCCCGGUCGUUGAUCGGAGGCCGCCCCCGCCCCAUCCUGGAGCAGAUCAAACUUAAUGCCACACAGAUGCACAAUCUUAGGAUGCAGGUAGAGUACCUCGUGGCAGUCACCAAGACGCGGCAGCGUGCCAACGGAAGCGAGGGCACAAAUUCCCCUGCAGUUGGCACGCCUGGAAUGUCGUUGGCCGCGGCGGCGGAGGUGGCAGUGGCCGCAGUGUUGGCAGCAGCGGCAGCGAGAGCGGCAUCAGCAGCAGCAGAUAAUGCGAACGAAGCUGAAGGUUCCGGUGGAAACAAGCAGGAGGCGGCGGUGACCACCGCGCCUACUUCACCGGAGAACUGAUGCAUGUAAAGCAACAGCGUCUCCGUCCGUCUCGAGCUUUCCUCCUAGCUAGCCUACUGCUCAGCGUUAAGACUGGGCGCUAAAUAAAGGCAUGUUUAGUUCACAAUAAACUUUUCUCCAACUCCCAAUUUUCCAUCAAAUCCAAAACUUUCCUAUAUACAUCAACUCUUAACUUUUUUUUUUCAAAUUACCAACUUUCAUUAAACUUCUCCCCAAUUUCAGAUACUAUAAACACGGCCUAAGUGAGCUCCGGUAGAAG